GGUGAUAGAAGAAUCAAUUCCGCUUUACACAACAACCCUCAUGGGGCCCAACCUGCUGCAGCACCCGGAGCAAUAAAGUCGCCACCACUACCGUAUCACCAACUCCCGAAAGCCACAAUUUCGUACGGGUUCUGGCGCGUCAGGCAGAGUAUGCGGCGGUACCUGCAGUGGGUGCAGCGCAGCUUGACGAACGGCUUUUCGGAAUUCACGAGAAUUUUGCAAAACCAGAAAACUCAAAAGCACUACUACGGCAACAGCCAGUUCGUCAAGGAGAUCUCCAACUACCUGAACGCCCCCAGCAGCAUCGUGCGGAAGUGCUACGGAAAGGUGUUAGUCGGUAGCAACGGGAACAGUGUGCUCGUGCACCCGGAGUGGCGCACCUUUUUGUACAGCAACGUGGAC